AUGGUGUCCAACGGGGUGGUGCAUUUAGCGGUGGAGGCGCGGGCGGUUUGUUCGCACGAUUCCGUCACGUCAGUCCGUUGCGAUGUACGGCGCUGGACGGUUGUGCCCGCGAGUGGUGUCCCCGGUUCGUGUGUGAAUGUCCAAUGCUCCGUGCAAGGCGCGGGGGCGGCGGGACCGGUCGACGGUCGCACGCCCGACCCGCCGACCUUACGUUGGCAUAUACCAUUGGAGGUGGCGGACAUUGGCGAAGGCAGCAGCGGGAGUAGUAUGACGGAGGCGGCAGCCCUGAGCCGUGGUCCAAAGUUCCUGCGCAAGAAGGGCCGUCUCUCGCGGCUGCUCGACAAGCUGACGGUUCAGCUGCAAAACAAUAACCACUACCCGGUACCGACUUGGCUCAUGAUUGACACGCCGAGCUACGAGCCGAAAGAGCCGGAGGAGGCGCCGCUCGACCUCUCCGUCAAAACGGAGCCCCCGAAGCCGGAGAGGAAGCCGCCCGGGUACAACUGCGCCACGUGCGGCCAGACGUUCGCGGUCCACGACCGCCUGGCCAAGCACGUCGCAUCCCGGCACAAGGACAAGACGCCAGAGGCGGCGCGCGCGUACGAGUGCGAGAUAUGCCACCGGCGCUUCGCCCGCUCCGAUAUGCUGACGCGCCACGCCCGUUUGCACAGCGGGAUCAAGCCUUACUCCUGUUCCGCUUGCGGGCAGGUGUUCUCGCGCUCCGACCACCUGGCAACCCACCAGCGCACGCACACAGGCGAGAAACCGUACCGGUGCCCCGUGUGCCCGUACGCCGCCUGUCGCCGCGACAUGAUUACGCGCCACAUGAGGACGCACACGCGCCGCCCGCAGCCAGCCGAAAUC